AUGACGAGCUUGAGAGGUUUAAGGCCAAGGCAAACGUCUACGGCUGCUGUUCUCGCUCAUACUCCCUUGAAAGAGACACGACGCACAAAUGUCCUUGGUCGCCGAUCACUUUCACGAACAGCCAAAGUCCUCGCUGAAGUCGAUGGAUAUACUGAUCAGCUCUUCUCUCCACCAAAACGUCACAUACUGAGAGAGGAAAAUGGAGCAGAAACUCCUGCUACAAAGAUCUCAAAGAAAAUGUCGGCAAAAUUGGUGAUUCGAUCCCCGGAAUCUCUGGAAAUUGCGAAUGAUGAGAACGUCCCCCCUGCGGGAGACACUGUCGGUCGGCGACUUCCAAGAGAUGUCAGAGGAGCCAAAAAAGCUUCGUCACCAUCGUGUAAUAGGACUCCACUGCGAAUGAAAAUAAAGAAGUUCGACGAUGUGGCGAAGAUAUGCGAAAGUUCUGUCAGAUAUCCAUCGUCAACAGCCCAUUUGUCUCACAGCAGACAGGUUGCGUCUGACGCUUGUUUAAUGCCCAACAUAGGAUUCGUUAAGGAAACCCAUUUACCAUCUUAUGUCAGCCCAAACAACCCUGUAAUCAGUUUGAACAACUGA